CGCCGCGGCAGCGCCGGUGCUACAGGCGGAGCGACCGUCCAGCGCGCAACGCACGCGCCUGCGGUGGCACCAGCAGCAGCGGCAGGGACAACACUCAGCUCGGCUCAGCUGAGACUUCCGCUUAUCAAGAGGAAGGUACACAUCAGCACACGUUACACUCACACUCUCACAGACAAGCAGCAGCGACGUCCUCGCCUGGGGUUCGAACCCUCCAGACUCGCCAUGUCCUCUGCUGUCACCGAGACGGAGGAGUCGGCGCACGGUUCCCAGCUCACUCCGCUCAAACUGGUCGGGCUGGUGUGCGUCUUCCUGGCGCUAUGUCUGGACGUGGGAGCCGUGAUGAGCCCGGCGUGGGUCACCGCUGACGACCAGUACUACCUGUCGCUGUGGGAGUCCUGCUGGAAACCGACGAGCACCGAGAAGUGGCAGUGCAGCAGCACUCUGGGCUCAGACUGGCAGGUCGCGACACUUGCCCUGUUGCUAGGGGGUGGAGCCCUGGUGCUGAUGUCAUUUCUGGUCGCCCUGGUUGCCGUGUGCAUCGGCACGAGACGGCGAUUUUAUGCACCCGUCGCUUUCAUGCUCUUCGCUGCAGUUGUCCUCCAGGCCUGCAGCUUGGUCCUCUACCCCAUUAAAUUCAUCGAGAGCAUCAACCUGCGAAUCUACCAUGAAUUCAACUGGGGCUAUGGCUUGGCCUGGGGAGGAACCAUCUUCUCCUUUGGCGGGGGAAUCCUCUACUGCCUCAACCCCAAGAGCUAUGAGGAGUACUAUUAGGUCACAUUCAAGAUGGACAUCCUUCAGUUACAUGUGAGAGGUAUUCGGGGGGGUGGGGUGGGUGUCAGGAAGUGUAUGUGUUUGGAACGGGGCACCUUUGAAAGGCUCAGUUCACAAGAACUGUAAGGAAUACUGUACCCUGACUGGAUCAGAGCCAGAAACUAAAUCAUAAUCGGGAGGAAGCUGGCAGUCGAGACGAGCUGGAGAGCUGAGACUGUUGGGUAAAUGAACUGGCAGCUCUAAAGUCAGCAGGCCCCGUCCAGGCCUGGGGGGAUUGUUGGGAUGGGUCAGGGUCUUACUUUAUUUCCAGGACACACUGGUGACACAGUAGCAACCACCAAUCAAGAACAACUGGUAUUUCAUCGCCAGUGGAAAACGGAAGUAUUGAAUGUGUUACUGAGGAAACGGGACGUAACCGUGGGAGGCUUUAACUUCAUGUUUACACUCACAUGUCCAUGCAAGGAGGACCACGCUUCACUUGUAGACGUCUAAUACUUGUGCUGGACAUCAUCAUUAACAUCAUCGUCAUCAAACUUUCACAGAGACUAAAGGGAGGGAUAAGACACUAUAGUUGCACUUCAUGAGACAUACGGUUUCUCUUGUGUGUGUGUGUGUGUGUGUGUGUGUGCAAGUGACGUCCAAUCAAUAUUCUCUUAUCCAGCCUCUCGUCUGUGGCUGUGGGAAGCCACAGGGUGCGCGCACACAGCUGUCAUGAUAGAUUAGCUGUGGCCAGAGAUGUGAGACAGGGCUGCACUCUGCUGCCUCCUGGAGUCUGCUACAUUUCAUUUCCUUAUUGAGGGAAGUUCUCCUCGCCAUGAUGUCUGGAGCAUCCUUCCUCGCCGGCUAUAUAUAGUGCACUGCAGCCAUAAGCUUUUAGCAAGGCUGGUGACUGCUGGAGUCCCGAGCUGUGUCGGUGUGGGUUCAGACAGCGUUCUAACAUGAAGCUGCACUCACAUGUACGCAUCGCUGUAACGCUCCACAGUAGCUCCACUGACUUUGCUGUUAGAUCCAUGGCAAAGUGGUGUUCGCUGUUGUUGGGUGAACUUUGUCUGACAUGGACUUGGACAUCUGAUUACUGCAUGGUCCAACAGAGGGCGCUCUAAGCACAGCUUGGCCACUUUGACUGUCCUCUUUGCCCCACUGAAAAAUAAGACAGUGAUGAUUUGUUGUUUACAGUAACAGUAAAAAUGUGGACAGAUAAUAAGAGUAAUAAGAAAUAAUGUCGCGUUUGUGUGCGGUGGUGUUGGGGGAAGAUACUUAUAUCUUUAAAUAAAUAGUGUGUCACAUAAUAUUUAUUCAAACUUGAUUUUGAUAAAAGUUGACAGCCCUAUUGGCUACUUCCUGUGCUGGAAUAUUUGCAUCACAUGAUGUGAUUGGCAAGUGUUUAAUAAUGAUAGCUGGAAUGGGGCACAGGCGUUUUUUGGAUACAAAGAAAACAGCAUAGCAUCAGCAAAAUUCACAGGGAGAAAAAAAAAACAAUCCUUGAACAUAAGACAACACACACAGAGCAAAAUACAAGUCAGAGGAACAGAAACGCCAAAUUACAACAGAAUAACCACAUGGACAGAAACUCCAAGUCCCACAGAGACAGACCAUGACAAUCCUUAUUCAUCAUGUUCAUGCUUUUCUACUAUCAGUAAAUUCCUUCAUGUAUCCCAUUGUUUCUAAUGGACACAAUAUUAUCCCUGCAAUUACUGAGCUGUAAUCUGAAGCAUUUAACGAGCUCUUUCACACUGCAGUUAAACCUCCCCAUGUAGAUUCAUUGUGUAUAUUCUAAUGGCCUUCGUGUGGAUUUGUUGUUUUACUGCAGUCACUGUUAACUCUGUCUUUUCAUUUAGUGAAAACCACUGUUCCAGCCAUUAUUCCAUUAGUCAUGCCAACUGACUGAGUCAUUUCAGCAAAGAAGUUUGAAAGAUGUCAUGGCUUCUCCAGGGAAUUUUGUUGGGUCACUAGAAUUUCUGUUAAGCCAAUGUCAUGUGACCCCACAGACGACCUGACACGAUGGACAGGUGCAGUAGAAAAGAUCAUCAUCGCCAGUAUGACGUUUUAGAUGGUCGCUCCUGUAUUCAAUACUGUAUGAUCGCAGUUAAGUGGGGGUGUUUAUUGUUCCCUAGAAAUGUCUCUGUGCUUAGUUGGUGUAGAGCCAUGGUUCUCAAACUGUGGUACAUGUACCACCAGUGGGACGAGAUCCUCCUCUACUUGGAGUGAAUAGAAAAUUAAACAUAAUUAAAAAAUAGAGUCAACUAAUUUAUCCAAUUUCACUUUACCAGUGUCUCAAGUAUAUGCGAGGAAAAGGAGGCUGAGAGAGCAAAUUAUCUUAUUGGGAAUAAAUCUGCCUUACUUCAAGAUCUCAAUAUUUUCUCAGGUGGUACUUGGUAUAAACAGUUUGAGAACCACUGGUAUAGAGGAAGCUUAAUAGGCACUAACACUGUAACAGACCUGGGUUAAAAUAUACAGGAAUUAUUGAGAAAUGCACCAAGGACCCGGCUAUACACUAGUAUAGUCUACAAUAUUUAACAAACAUGUUUGCAGCUUUAACUCACUGUUACACAGCUUUCCCCAAAUGUAAACUGCUCACUCUUUGUAUGAAAGUACAUUGAGAAAAUCUGAUAUUUUACUUAAGUUUUUGAUUCACCUCUGCCUCCAUUGAUAAGUUCACUUAUCAAUGGAUAGUCUUUGAAUCGCCUUGAGAACUAAAUAUUUGAUGCAAUGGUUCUCUGUUAUUCUUAAUUUAUGUGUCAGACACACAAAACACAUAAGAUAAAUCCUGUGUCAGGUAGUUUAAAGUAUUUAAAGAAUAAAGUUCAGCUGUUUUAGUACACCAUCUUUUUUCCCCAAGAAGUAAAGGAAAAAAAAUGUAGUAAAUCUGAGCAGGUGCAUGUUAAAAAUGAUUGUUUUUAAUUGGGAGCUGAAAUCAGUGUCACAUCAUUUGUAAUGACAAGGCUCUGAUUCUCAUGACAAUGCUAUUGUGCUCACACUAGGCUGACCUACAUGCUUUGAUUGUCAAUGAAGCUCUUUAGCGUGGCUCUGCGUCAAUAAGGAGAUCAGUGUCAGGCCUCUUUGUGUCAUUUCUGUGGGGCAGUAGAACAGUUUAACUGCCCCUCCAAUCAUUAUUACUUGUGUUUGACCCUUGCUAGUUCUCUGUACCUUUUAUCCCAGGUCUCACUUGUAGUCAUCAGCAUUUGUUUGGUUGUUAAUUCACUGAUGAAAAGUAGAAGCUCGGCUGUUUAAUGCAUCAUCUCCCAGUAGACUGAGAGAAACACUGUCUAAUGAUGAACAUAGGGAUUUAGAAUGUUUGUGUGUGUGUGUGUGUGUAAUGACAGCAGAGGACUGUGAUUGUGUUUGAUAGAAAGACGAACUGUUUGUGUGUGCGUGUGUUGGCAUAUUUUAGAUGCUGCUGUAGAGAUGUCAAUAAUCUGCAUUUAUCUCUUUGUACAUUGGAACAUUAAAGCACUGCACAGAACAGAA